AUGCUGCAUACGAUAUUACGGAUUUUACAAAUUGCGCAGGUGUUGAAGAUUCAUGGCAGACUAGCAGAGGAGCUUCCAUUCGAAUCUGACUGCACCACGGUACGAAGAAGAAUUAUCGAUGACCAUCCAGCCCCUAAAAUCAAUUAUUCCGUUGCUUAUGUUACGAAUGUAUAUACGGACUAUGAAUCCCUGGCCAUUCAACUGUCUGCCACCUACAGCCCGGAAAAUCACUAUUGCUAUCAUAUCGAUUCGAAAGCCACUCCAAAAUUUAGGAAGCAAAUUCUGAAGCUGCAGCAGUGUUUUCGGAAUGUCUACGUAACGAAAGCACGAUACGACGUAACCAGUCAGGGUAGAAAUAACAACAUUGCGCACCUGCGAUGUAUGAGAAUACUCCUAACUAAGAAGCGAUCGGAAUAUCUGAUUACGCUGCAGGCGCAUGACGUCGUGGCGCACACCAAUUUGGAGCUGUCGAAGAUGUUGAAG